AUGGAAAACAACGAGUUUAAAAUAAUAAACUCUACCAAAAAGUCAAAUAAUAAAACUUUAGAUAUUUUAAAUGUUUUAUCAAUAACAGAAUUAGUAAUACCCUUUUUAUUUAACAAUGACCCAUGUAGAAGUUUAAUGGGAUCUAAAAUGCACACACAAGCUAUACCUUUAUUAUACUCUAAUAAUCCUUAUGUUAUAACUAAUUAUAACACAGUAAAUAAUUUAUUAUCGUCAAGAUUUAUUUAUUCUAUGUGCAGUGGUGUUGUACAAGAGGUAGACAGCUCUAGAAUAAUAAUUUUAGACGAUAAAGAUAGAUUAAUUUAUUAUUAUUUAUAUCCUUUUAACGUUGUUGACUAUAAUUCUAUAUUACUUUAUAAACCUAUAGUAUGGGAAGGAGAAAAAGUAUGUGUUGGUAAAAUUUUGGCAAUACCUAACGAUUUAAAAAAUUUAGAAUUUUCUAUAGGUUUUAACAAUUUUGUUAAUUAUAGUUUUUAUGACGGGUACGAGCAUGAAGAUGCUAUAAUUAUAAAUAAAGAUUUAGUAAUAGAGGAUAUUUUAACUUCUAUAUCUUUUAAUAUUUAUGAAGAUUGUUUAUAUUUAAAAAAAUUUGAUUGUUUAGAAUUGGUUGUUCAAAAAUUUUUUAAAGAUUCAGGUAAAAAAAAUAUAGAUGAGGAAGAAAUAUAUGAAUAUUAUUCUUCUACUUAUUAUAAAUACUUUUUAUCCGGAGAGGAAUUAUCUUUUAAAAUAAAAUAUGAAAUAUAUCAUUAUAAAAGUACAUAUUUUGACAGACUUUUAAGACUUUUAUUUCCAGAAGAAAAAGUACUUUUAACUAAAAAUAAAUCUUUAACAAUUAAACAUGGAGGAGAAGGUAGAUUAGUUAAAUAUGAAAUUUUAUCUAAUUAUGAUUUAAAACAGUCUGAUGAUUUUUACGAUGAUUUAAACAUUUCUUAUAUGGUAUUAAGGUUUUUUAUUGCUAAAAUAGAUAGAAUUAAUAUAGGAGAUAAAUUAUGUGGUAGGCACGGAAAUAAAGGUGUAGUUUCUAAAAUUUCUGAAACAAUAGAUUUACCUUAUACAUUUAACGAUUCUAGUCCUUAUUCUAUUACAAGCCCUAUAGGUUCUUUAGCUAGAAUAAAUUUAGGUCAAUUUUUAGAGGGUGUGUGCGGUUAUAAAAGUUUAAAUUAUAAUUGUAGAACUAAAGCUCCUAUUAAUUUAUUUGAGUCUUAUUUAUAUUCUAAUUUAUAUUUUAACUUAUUGAAUAAUUCUUAUAAUUUAUAUAAAAAUAGUUGUUUAAUAAACACUAUUAAUGAAAACUAUUUAAGAGACUUUAAAACAGGAUAUAAGCUAAAAAAUUUUAAUUUUUUAUCUGUUCCUUAUUAUUUAAAAUUAAUGCAUACAUCAAAAAGUAAGUUUAAUUAUAGGACGGUAGGAAGAUACAACUCCAUGACUCAACAACCAGUUGAAGGUAAAAAUGUUAGUGGUGGUCAAAAAUUCGGUGAAAUGGAAAUUUGGGCUUUAGAGGCUCAUGGUUCUUCAUAUAAUAUACAAGAAUUAUCGUUAUUAAAAACUAAUAUUAAAUUAUUUAAAAAAUUUGAAACUACUCAUGAAUGUUCUGAGUCUUUUAAAAUAACAAAAUGUGCAGAACUAUUUAAAAAAAAAUUAACUUUCCUAAAAAAAAAGAAAUCUGUAACUGAAACAAAAUUUGAUAAAUUUAACAAACUUUUAAGUGAUUUAACAUUUAUAAAAAAACUUUUUAUAACAUUAUUUCCUAUCUUGCCCGCAGGUUUAAGAACUUAUUCAUUUGAUAAUAGAAAAGUAACUCAUAAUUCUAAUCUUAAUUAUCUUUAUGCGGGAUUUAGAGUAGAUUAUUCUGGUAGAGCAACUAUUGUGCCCUAUCCGUCUUUACCUCUACAAACAGUAGGACUACCUUCUGAUAUGCUCUACCACCGUGUUAGACGUCAUCAUGAAAAAGGAGAGGUUAAUGAUAAUACAUUUUAUGAGUCAUCUUUUUAUAGACAUAAUAUUUUAGAUAAACUUGAAUUUUUUGAAGAACUUUUACCUGAGUAUUCAGUUACAGUUAAUAGGGCCCCAACACUUCAUAAAAUGAAUGUUCAAGUAUUUAAUCCUAUGUUGGUUGAAGGUGAGUCAGUUCAAUUUAACCCGUUGCUAUGCGCUGGUUAUAAUGCUGAUUUUGAUGGGGAUCAAAUGGGAAUAUUUUCACUUUUAAAAAAUUAUUCCAUGAACGAGGCUUUACAUAUGUUAGGACCUUUAGUUAAUUUACAUUCACCUACAACUAAAAAUAAUGUAUUUAAUUUAACUCAAGGUAUGUUAGCUGGUUAUUAUUCUUUAUCUAAUUAUAAUUAUUUUAAAUUAAUAACUAGUUAUAUAUCUAAUAAUUAUACAGACGUUUUGGAGUAUUUUAAUAGAAGUAUAUCAAUAGAUUCGCCUAUUUUACUUAGAAGUUCUAAUUUUUUUUAUUAUAGUACUUAUGGUAGAUCAUUAUUAAAUUAUAAUUUUAAUAAAAAAUAA